UGAGCGACCCAUAACGCUUGGUGGCAAUAUCAAAGCCCUCACAGCACAAAUCAAACUAAUGUGUGCACCUGGGAAGAGUGUUUUAUGUAAUAAAACACCUGUGCAUUUGUCAGACACUAAUGUGUUAGCGGCUGCUGUCUGUGAACUGAAAGACAAUUGCCCGGUACUAUUUGAUGUGAUCCAUGCUGCUCUUGGUGACAAGAUACCUCAGUUCAAAGGUAGCAACAAUCGCCAUUAUGCAUUGAAUGAUACUCCACAGCAACAACAAUAAAGUAUCAGCAGUGCAGAGACUCUUCACAACCGCCGCCAUAAAUUAUCAUGCCGACAACAAAGUAUAUUGAACUAGCUCUUAUAUUUGAGUUUUAAGUUCAUUCUAUUUUGCCAGUUUGAACAUGAUUUGUACUUGAAAGGAGUGUCCCCCAGGUGUCAAACUGUUGUCACUGCUCAACAAAGUUCAUGUCAAUCUCACAGACAAGUCAAAGGAUCAUUUGCUGGACAGCUAUGCCAAUCAUUGUGAGGAGGAUAUCAUCAGAUCUAUUUCAUCAGGAACUUAUGGAAAGAUACAUGGAGAUAAUCUUGACCUAAGAGUCACUACACAUGACAUCAGGAUGACCAACAAGACCAAAGAUUACCACUUCUUUGCCUCAGACUUUGUUUUGGACCGUGUCAAUGUGAUGCAUCUACCCGAUAAUGCUCCGAUUGGAAAUGUUGACCAAAUUGGCACAGAUUGUUUCCUCCCAAACUGUAGAGAAAUUGAGAAAUUCAGGAACUGUCUCAAAAUUUUCAUUGCUCGGAAAUUAGUUCAGCACAUCAGUGGACUGUCUUGGAUAAAAAGCAUUUUUCCGGAACAUAUACCCCAUGACCGUCAAGAGGAAAUGUCCAAGCGUUCAGCCAUAUUCCUCCUCCCAAUAAUGUUGAAGAACGAGUCGAAGUACUCAGACUGCAUCGGCAUCAUGGCUGGUUACGUGGAACUGAUCAACCGCUGGUAUGCGAAAGCAGGAAGAGGAUCAGAGUUAGAGAUCAUGCAAGUCCCUGUUGGGGGAGAUCAACUGACCCGAGUGCGUCUGCAAGGAGCCAAGGCUUUAAGGGAAGGAUGCCACACUCGACAGAGACUUGAGUAAUUGGAACCAGUUGUUGUGGAAAUGUUUCACACACUGCAGGACUUUCUAGAGAAACUCUGCAAGAAAUUCCUCAAACUUGAGAAGGGCACCAACAAAGGUACGCUGUGUCACCUGAAGAUGGUAAUACAGAGAUCAAAUUUGAUUGGCAGGGUGAAAGUCAGAUUUAAGGCGCAUGAGCAGUUUGUGGAUGUUGUGGGUAAUUCGUAUCUCCUGAAUCUUGCAAUGGAUAAGUUGAACAUGCAAACUAUCAAUGACAGUCCACAACACCCAGACAUGCCUGAAACUAUUAAGAUAUGGCACAGUGAGAAAGUGUUCAACAAGUUCAUGGAUGACAUCCUCGACUCUGUAUUCAUUCCGCCACUGCAACAACAAACUACAUCAAGCUCCAAGACCGCAAAUAUCAGUGUAGUGAUUGGAAAUAACACCAGAAAGCUAACACUAAUUGUCGAAGAUGGAAAUGUCAAUGUGACGCUACACACACCAGGCAACAGGUACAUUAUUAGUGUAUCCAUGGGACAAGUGAAGAAUGGGGUGUCUGUUGCAAUUCCCGGUGUUUUCCACUCUAGUGACCAUACAAGAAGAUGCAGCAAUGAAUGAUGAUCUGCACAAUUAUGCUGUAAAUUUCCUGAAUUGGUACUUUGUAGUUCUGGGCAUGCAGGAUGCUACAAGGGAGGGAAAUCUUGAGUUGUGCAACAUUUUGUUAAAGUUCAUGACACCUCUGUUUAUUCACAUUCUUCCCUAUCCAAAUAUAUGUCUGAGUGUCUGGAUUACAUA